AUGCCAGCAGCGCCAAAGCAGCGAAAGAUAGCUAUUGUUGGCAGUCGAUCUGUUGGGAAAUCAUCCCUCACAGUGCGAUUUGUUGAACACCAUUUUGUAGAGAGCUAUUACCCGACCAUCGAGAACACGUUCAGCCGCAUCAUCAAAUUCAACGGCCAGGAUUUUGCAACGGAGAUAGUUGACACAGCUGGUCAAGAUGAGUAUAGCAUUCUGAAUUCUAAACAUUUUAUUGGAAUCCAUGGAUACAUCAUUGUGUACUCGGUGGCCUCCCGACAAUCCUUCGACAUGGUCAGAGUCAUUCGAGAUAAGAUACUAAACCAUCUUGGAGCAGACUAUGUGCCUCUUGUCGUCGUGGGAAAUAAAAGCGACCUCAAAGAUGAGCAACGCCAGGUAUCCCUAGACGAAGGCCGGCAUCUGGUAGAUGAGCUCCACUGUGCGUUCACCGAGGCUAGCGCUCGCCUUGGCUACAACGUCGACAGGGCCUUUGACUUAAUGAUUGGGGAAAUUGAGAAAUCGCAAAACCCGUCCCAGCCAACGGGAGGAAACAAGUGCAGUCUACUUGGAGGGUCGCCGGCAGUCGCUCGUGACCCGAAUAUGGGUGACAGUGAAUCCAUUACCAGCGAUAGGAAGACACUUGCCCAGUCAGGUCACUAUUCGGGGCCCCGUAAGGAAGGCUGGAUUUGUCACCGGUCGGGUCUGAACCUGCCGGCGUGCAGCCUUCCUGUUUUUGAAAUACGGUCUGUCUUCCUCGGCCUGGGACGCGAACUACCUUUGAAAAUGUUGGACCUUGCCGAUUUUGUCAGUGACCGCGGUGGAGACCUGAAGAAAAUCAAGGAAAGUCAGCGAAAACGGUUUGCCUCGGAAGAUGUAGUCGAUGAGGUUGUCGCUUUGUACGAGGAAGCUCGUCGAGCACGCUACGAAGUGAACAAAAUAGGUUCCCAACUGAACGCGCUCCUUAAGGAUAUUGGAAAGAAGAAGAAGAACAAGGAAGACGCAGGUGACUUGAUUGAGCAAAAGGCCGCCCUGGAGAAACAUAAAAAGGAAGCCGAAGACCUCGCUCUUCAAAAGGAAACCCAAAGGGAUAUUAAAGUUCGGACAAUUGGAAACUAUGUUCAUGAAUCGGUUCCCGUGAGCAACAAUGAGGAUGACAAUGCUAUCAUAAGAUCCUGGGCACCCGAAGCCUCUGCCACCGAAAAAUGCAACAGCCUGUCUCAUCAUGAGGUUCUCACCCGCCUUGACGGCUACGACCCUGAGAGGGGAGUGAAGAUUGUUGGCCACCGUGGGUAUUGCCUUACGGGCUACGGUCUUUUCUUGAACCUUGCGUUGAUCAAUUACGGUCUGGAGUUCCUAUGGGGCAAGGGAUACAAACCAAACCAGCCUCCUCAGUUUAUGCUCCGAGAAAUGAUGGCGAAAACGGCGCAGCUCGAGCAAUUCGACGAAGAACUGUACAAGGUCACGGAAAGUGAAGACAAAUCCACGGAUAAGUACCUGAUCGCUACCUCUGAACAGCCAUUGUCAGCACUGCAUGACGGAGAAUGGCUCCAGGACAAGGACCUUCCUAUCAAAUACGCUGGGUAUAGCACUUGUUACCGGAAAGAAGCCGGGGCACACGGUAAGGACGCUUGGGGUAUCUUUCGUGUUCAUCAGUUUGAAAAGAUCGAGCAAUUCGUCAUUACCAAACCCGAGAACUCCUGGGAAGCCUUUGAUGAGAUGAUGAACACCUCGGAGGAAUUUUACCGCUCUCUUGGACUUCCGUAUCAGGUUGUCUCCAUCGUUUCCGGGGCAUUGAACAAUGCCGCGUCCAAAAAAUAUGAUCUUGAGGCGUGGUUUCCGUUCCAAGAGGAGUACAAGGAACUGGUUUCCUGUUCAAACUGCACCGAUUACCAGUCGCGUGCAUUGGAAAUUCGCUACGGUAUCAAGAAGGCCACAGAUUUGAAGAAGUCCUAUGUCCAUGCUCUAAAUGCUACGCUUUGUGCAACCGAGCGGACGCUUUGUUGCAUUUUGGAAAAUUACCAAACAGAAGAUGGUUUCAUUGUGCCCGAGCCUCUGAGAAAAUACAUCCCGGGCGCCCCUGAAUUCCUCCCCUAUACUAAGGAGCUUCCCAAGGGCACUACAUCCCAGAAGUCAAAAGGUAAGCAGGGCUCGAAAGCUGCAGAUGGCGCCGAGGAGACCGCAAAGAAGAUCCAGAACUUGCAGGCCGAGGACGAGAGACAAGACGAUAAGAUCAUAAGCCGGUAUACAGAGCAUGGUCCACCAGUCACUUUGGUGGGGUCGAAAGACAUCAAUGCAAGCCCAGAGCUUUCUGGCUCCCCAUCCGCGUCGUUCCAGUCACAAUCGCCAAGUCAUGGAGGCUCCGCCUUCACGAAUCGAAUAAUCCCCCUGCCCAAUGCAAAGCACUUGAAACCGUUUGCAACCGAAGACAUCAAGGUUCUUCUUUUGGAAAAUGUGAACCAAACUGGCCGAGAGAUUCUUACAAAGCAAGGCUAUCAAGUGGAAUUUCUGAAGUCUUCCUUACCCGAAGACCAGCUUAUAGAGAAGAUUCGGGACGUGCAUGUCAUUGGUAUCCGCUCGAAAACAAAACUUACGGCUCGCGUGCUGAAAGAAGCUCGGAACCUCAUAGUGGUGGGCUGCUUCUGUAUUGGAACCAAUCAAGUCGAUCUCCAAUAUGCGGCAGACCACGGCAUUGCAGUCUUCAACUCUCCGUUCAGUAACUCACGAAGUGUUGCCGAGCUGGUCAUUGCCGAAAUCAUUACUCUUGCUCGUCAGCUUGGCGACCGCUCCAAUGAAAUGCACAAUGGCACCUGGAACAAAGUCAGCAAUAAAUGCUGGGAGAUUCGCGGGAAAACUUUGGGAAUUAUCGGGUAUGGGCACAUUGGUGCUCAGCUAUCGGUCCUUGCAGAAGCCAUGGGCAUGUCUGUUCUUUUCUACGACGUGGUAAACUUGAUGGCCCUAGGAACUGCCUGCCAAGUGCCUACCUUGGAGAGCUUGCUCUCGCAAUCGGACUUUGUCACAUGCCAUGUGCCCGAGCUCGCAGAGACGAAAAACAUGAUCGGUCAACCUCAAUUUGAGCAAAUGAAACCAGGCAGCUACCUGAUAAACGCUAGCCGUGGAAGUGUCGUCGAUAUCCCGGCAUUAAUCCAAACAAUGCGUUCUGGCCGUGUCGCUGGUGCUGCACUUGAUGUUUAUCCAAACGAACCUGCCGGUAACGGUGACUAUUUCAACAAUGAUCUCAACACUUGGGGGGCUGAUCUCCGCGGUCUCAAGAACGUGAUUCUUACCCCUCAUAUUGGGGGUAGUACCGAGGAAGCGCAGCGUGCCAUUGGUGUCGAGGUGGCGGAUGCCUUGGUGAGAUACGUUAACGAAGGCACAACGUUGGGUGCUGUCAAUCUUCCCGAGGUCGCUCUUCGUUCUUUGACCUUGGACGAGCCGAACCAUGCUCGGGUUGUUUAUAUUCACCAGAAUAUUCCCGGUGUCCUACGAAAAGUAAACGAGGUCCUCGGUGACCAUAACGUCGACAAACAAAUGACGGAUAGUCGCGGUGAUGUCGCCUAUCUAAUGGCUGACAUCAGCAAUGUCGAUAACACAACCAUCAAAGAUCUCUACGAAAGGCUAGAGAGCCUCUCCUCGCGCAUUAUGACUCGGAUCUUGUAUUAG